UGCCACCUAUGUCCCGCAAAGCCAGCGACAAUGUGGAGUACACCCUGCGGAGCCUGAGCAACCUGAUGGGGGAGAAGAAGAGAAGGAAGCAGGACGAGGGAGCCGGGGAGAGGAGCCUGAUCGCCGCCGACUCUUCUACCAGCAUUAACAGCCAGGGCACUGGAGGCUCGGGGGCAGCCGGGCCGUCGUCCUCGGGCGGUGAUCUGGAGCGGGCGGCCCGCAGGCAGUUCCAGCAGGAUGUCACCCCGGCUUUUGUAUACGUGGUGUCUGUGUUCUCAGCCCUGGGAGGCUUCCUCUUCGGCUAUGACACCGGGGUGGUGUCCGGGGCCAUGCUGCUGCUCAAGAAGGACAUGAACCUGUCGGCGCUGUGGCAGGAGCUGCUAGUGUCCAGUACGGUCGGGGCGGCGGCGGUGUCGGCUCUGGCAGGCGGGGUGCUGAAUGGAUCGCUGGGGCGCAGACCGUGUAUCCUGCUGGCCAGCCUGCUGUUCAUAGCGGGAGCGGUGCUGCUGGCGGCAUCCCCGGACAAGGAGACCCUGCUCGGGGGGCGUGUGGUGGUGGGACUCGGCAUCGGUAUUGCAUCUAUGACUGUCCCGGUGUAUAUAGCAGAAGCAGCUCCCCCACAUUUGAGAGGAAGACUAGUAACAAUUAACACACUCUUCAUUACGGGUGGCCAGUUCUUUGCAGCUGUUGUUGAUGGCGCUUUUAGCUACCUUCCAAGAGAUGGAUGGAGGUACAUGUUUGGUUUGUCUGCGGUUCCAGCUAUUUUACAGUUUCUUGGGUUUUUGUUUCUACCUGAAAGUCCACGUUGGCUUAUACAAAAAGGACAAACACAGAAGGCCCGAAGAGUUCUAUCCCAGAUUCGGGGAAAUCAAACGAUUGAUGAAGAAUAUGACAGCGUCAAGAAUAGCAUUGAUGAGGAGGAGAAGGAAGCGGGUGCAGGACCGGUCAUCUACAGAAUGUUUAUAUACCCUCCAACACGUCGUGCUCUAUUGGUUGGUUGUGGAUUGCAGAUGUUCCAACAAUUGGCCGGUAUUAACACAGUCAUGUACUACAGUGCAACAAUUCUGCAGAUGUCAGGUGUGGAUAACGACAGACUUGCUAUUUGGCUUUCAGCUAUCACAGCAUUUACAAACUUCAGUUUUACACUUGUUGGUGUUUGGCUUGUAGAGAAAGUUGGUCGCAGAAAACUUACACUUGGAAGUCUUACAGGUACAACAAUGGCCCUUAUUGUCCUUGCUCUGGGCUUUCUGUUAUCUGCUCAAGUCUCACCACCAGUUACCUUCACCCCAACAGACCCCCAAAGUCAAAACUCUAGUUGCACAAAAUAUAGCUUUUGUAAUGGAUGUAUGCUGGACCCCAACUGUGGAUUUUGCUACAAGAUUAAUGGAUCACAUGUUUUCGAUUCAUCAUGUAUCCCAGUUGACCCAAAAAGUACAGAACAUUCUGCAUGGGGCAGAUGUACAAAUGAAUCCAGAUCCAAAUCUGGUUCAUUUUGGGCUUAUAAUUACUGUCCAACAUCAUAUUCCUGGACUGUGCUCAUUGGAUUAAUUCUGUAUUUAGUCUUUUUUGCACCUGGAAUGGGACCGAUGCCAUGGACUGUCAACUCUGAAAUAUACCCCCUGUGGGCAAGAAGCACAGGAAAUGCGUGUUCUUCUGGAGUAAACUGGCUAUUUAAUGUGGCGAUUUCACUCACAUUUUUACAUACAGCGGAGUAUCUUACAUAUUAUGGAGCCUUCUUCUUGUAUGCAGGAUUUGCUUCUCUUGGACUUCUAUUCACUUAUGGAUGCUUACCAGAGACUAAAGGAAAGAAGCUGGAGGAAAUUGAAUCUCUGUUUGAAAAUAGACUUUGUACAUGUGGUGCAUCUGAUACUGAUGAGGGGAGGUAUAUAGAAUAUAUUCGCGUCAAGGGAAGUAAUUAUCAUCUCUCUGACAAUGAUGCCUCUGAUGUGGAAUAAUUUUCCUUGGCAGAUGCAUACUAAUCAUUUAACAGCCGUCUGGAGAAGGACAGCUAUAGGUGACCUCACAGUCCUGCUUCUGGUCUGGUCCUCUGAAGAGCUCAUAAUUACCUUGCCAAUGUUUUGUUUGUUACUGGUU